UUGCCUGUUCCUUUUAGGGAAAAAAAUAUUAAGACAUGUCUCCCAAGUAGCUGUAUGAUUCAGUCUUCACCGAGCGUUGAGAAAUUAGUCAAGAUUUAGGAGGAAUAAAUGUUAAAUGACAUGCUGACAAGCAACCAAACGACGAGCUCCCCACUAACAUAACUCCUCCAAAAACUCCUGCCUAGCUUCUUCCCUUCCUCGUAUAAAUCAGCCCCCUCCCUCUCUCAUCGUUAACUCAAAGCUCCUUUCAAAACUUGGAAAAUGGAACAUCUUCGAAAACAGCAGAAAGGAGUUUCAGCCAACAAGCAAAGCAAAUACAAAGAGAGGAUCACGAACAAUAAUAUUAUUAGCAAAAGCAAGUUUGUUGGGGUGAGACAAAGGCCUUCCGGGAAAUGGGUAGCAGAGAUCAAAGACACAACGCACAAUAUAAGGAUGUCGCUCGGCACCUUCGAGACGGCCGAACAAGCUGCUCGAGCUUACGAUGAAGCUGCUUUCCUUCUUCGUGGUUCCAACACUCGAACCAACUUUGCAACUCAUAUCUCCCCAGAUUCACCUCUCUCUUUGAAAAUAAAGAACCUGCUCCAUCAGAAAAAGACUUCGAAACAACAGCCUUCAGCAGCCGCCACCGUUAAACCGGCGAAUGCUAGAAUUACUUCUACUUGUUGUCUCACUAAUUUUAGUACGAAACAUAGUACUGCUUCUUCUAGUGGCAAAGAUCAAGGUCCUUCGAUGGUUGGUGAUGUAUAUAUACCAGACUUAAGCAACUGCGUUGCGGGAGUUGAAGCAGGCAAGUUUCAUUCUGAUCACUCGUGGACGUUUCAAAGUACUACUGGGUUAGAUCAGCUUCCAUUACUUCAAGAUAGGUUGUAUUUUCCCAAACAUGGUGGUAAUAAUUUGAUGCCUGCAGAUACAAUUUCCCAAACAUAUGUAGAGCUUACAGAAUUUGAAAGAAUGAAGGUAGAAAGACAGAUUUCAGCUUCGUUAUAUGAGAUGAAUGGAGUGAACGACUAUGCAUAUGAUGAUGCUAGUGAUCCCCUCUGGGAUCUGUCCGAUCUGUGUUACUUGUUCUGUCCAAGUUAAUCACACUCUCUCUCUCUCUCUCUCUCUCUCUCAAUGCAAUGAGAAUAUGUUGAAAGAGAUCGGCAGCUGUGUCUUUCAUGUUUUCAAAAUGAUCUGGUGAUUUUGAGAAGUGCUACCACUUGACGAUGAAGAGAGGGUACUGAAAUCUUAAUUAAUUCGAGAAGGUCGAUAUAUAGUAUUACAUAUAUGCUGGUUGGAUAUGGUAGCUUUCACUACCUGACCAGUGAAGCUCUGUUUGUAGUCUUUAGUAAUCCUAUUGGCGGUUUUGAUUGCUGUUCAUAACAUUCAUUAUAAUAAGACGACAUUUUUUGGGUCACCCAGGCUCGCUUGUUUUUUGGGAGUCUGGGACUUUGUGAAUGGCUUACUGUUAUAACUACAAGGCUAUAAUAUGAUAUCAACAGACUUAUCAACUUGUAAAAGUUAAGUAAUUUUCUGUAAAAAAUCCAAAAUCAAAGUUGAUAAGAGUUCCAUCGUCAAAGUUGGUACUAGUGGCCCAACCACUCCGUGUUAAGAGAUCAAUAAACAGAUCAGCUCUAAAUUAUUCGAACUAGUUUUGGAAAAAAAAUUGGUAAUUCUUAGUUUUAUUUUGUUCGAAUAGAUUACUAAUUUUAAUGAAAGAAAGACUAAAUAUUAAAGAUGAAAGAAGCAGAAUUGUUUUUAAUGUUAAAAUCAGUUUCUUGAGUCUUUUUGGGCCGCAGGGAAAGAAUAUAGAAAAUUCUCAUGUACCGUUGUUCUAUGUAACCGAUGUGACAAUUCUUAUCAACCAGCUCCAGCACAAAUCAAAAGAAUGCAAGGGAUGGGCAUUAUUCAUUCCAAAAACUUGAAUUUAUGAUCA